AUGGUUAAAUGUCAUGUUUGUAAUGAACAUAGGUAUAAGAAAGUUUUCAAUGAGGAGAGAAAACUUACUAAAGUUGCUCAAAAGACUUUAAGACACAUUACAUUAAUUCCUAGGAUGUACAACGUGUCAUGGAUAGCAGAGCUAAUGCUUUGGCACUUUAGAGCUCAGUCAGAUAUCAAUGUUAUGUGGCACCUUGUGGACUCCUCAGCUUGGCGAUGUGCUGAUAGAUUUUCGCCAGAGUUUGCUAAGGAGCCGCGUAAUGUGACCCUUGGGAUAUCAACAGAUGGUUUCAACCCAAAUGGGUGUUUCGGUAAAGAUAAAGAUGUUUAUUUAGAACCUCUUAUAGAAGAGUUAACAGUUUUAUGGAAUGAAGGUGUGUUAACAUAUGAUAGGUUUAGCAAAACUGAAUUUGUAAUGAGGGCAAGGUUGUUAUGGGAUAUACACGAUUAUCCUGCAUUAGGUACUUUAUCUGGAUGUGUAACGCAUGGGUACUUAGCUUUUCAUCACUGCGGAGAAGGAACUCGUUCAGACUAUCUAUCGUUUAUGCGGAAAAUAUGUUAUAUGGGGCACCGUAGAUGGAUUCGAACAGGACACAAAUUUCGAGAUGAUAAGACCAAUUUUGAUGGAGUUGUAGAUCAUGGUACAGCCACAUGGCUACUAUCUGGCUUACAGAUUCAACAGAAGGUAGCUAAUUUGAAAACGAAACAUGGUAAAGGAAAACCACCAGCAGAACCAAGUAAGAAAUGUAAACGGAGAGCUGCAGAGGACAAUGACGAAGAUGCUGAUGCAGAAGAAGAGGUUCAGAACCGGUCCUUGUUUUCGCGAAGGUCUAUUCUAUAUGAUUUUCCAAAAUGGGGUUCUAAUGUCAUCCGACAUAUUACAGAUGUAAUGCACAUAGAAAAGAACAUAACUGAGCAUCUACUUAACACCAUAAUUGGAAAUGGCAAGUCGAAAGACAGUCCUGGUGCACGUCAAGAUCUGGAAGGUAUGGGGGUUAAAAGGAAAUUAUGGUUGAAAGUGGAUGAGGUGACUGGUAAAACCACAAUGCCAGAUGGAGCUUUCGCAAUGUCAAGAAAGGAGAACAUACUUCAAUGCCAAGAUCUGCGAGUUGCUCUUCUCCGUAUCAGUACAUUCUUCAGGACUCCGUGCGCAAAGGUUAUCAACAGAGAACAUCUUAUAAGAGCUAAGGCUAGUUUGGUGGAAGCCAUUUGUGUUCUGGAAAAACAUUUUCCUCCUUCUUUCUUUGUUAUUAGCAUCCACCUAAUGGUGCAUUUGACCGACGAAGCUUUAAUAUGCGGUCCGGUCAGAUUUAGAUGGAUGUAUUCCUUUGAGAGGCUGAUGAAAGGAUUCAAGGGAUUGGUACGCAACAUGAGGUACAUUGAGGGUUGCAUCGCCAGAGGGUAUAUCACGCGAGAAUCUAGCUUAUAUUGCAUGGAAGAUGUGUCAGUAAAUGGUGAAGGUACUCACAAAUAUACUCGACAAGCUUUUUUAGAUGAUGAUGAUGAUUUUGCUGAUGAGAUGUCGUUAAGUAAGCCUAAAAAUAUCACUUUGACUACGGUACAGUUUGAACAAGCUCAUAACUGGGUCCUAUCCAAGUUUGUUGGGAUAGAUGACUGGAAAAGGAAGUAUGCUGCCUAUGUUAACAGUCGCAAGCCUCAUGGUCCAAGAAAUCGUACAUCGCAACAGUCAUUAAUUGAAGAGUUUUCUGUUAUGGUUACGUUUGUUAUAGGUUUUGUGACAAUAAUUGGGUUAGCUUCGGUUAGUUUACAGAUUAUUAUGGCAGAAGUGGAGGUGAAUGAAAAUGGAUUUCAUGUUUCCGCUAAUGCAACAAAACUUGGCUACAGAAAGGGUGCCUUGGGAGUGUAUAAUUUACCUGAGACUUCUAAGCGAACUACAGUGAAGUCGAUGUCUGAUCCAUGGAGGAGAUUUAAGCAUGAGUUAAGAUUGGGCUACUAUGACAUAUAUCCUACUCACGAAGAAAGAAUCAGAAAUUUUCCUCCUCUUGUGAAAUAA